AUGGAUGAUUCAGCUGCCAUCAACGAAUUAUCCAAUCAAUGGUGCAUAUUACUUACUGCCCAAUGCUGUCAUGCCCUUCCUAUCUCACCAAACGAGCUCAGUAUGAAGAUUUCUAAUCUUGCAGAGAGCCAGGAAGAAGAAUCAGUCGGAAAAAUCAUCCUCUCUGGUUACAGUAUGUCCAAAACUAAUGAAAUCGAUAAAAUAAGUAUGAUGUUUGACAGUUUAUCUACGAUUUUAUACCAAUUUCACUCAAGACCCGAGUUUCCACGAAUAUUCAACAAAGUUUUCUUCAUAACAGCCUCUGUCUUUUCCAUGAAUAACGCUAAUUCUGAAGCAAAGAAGGUAGUUAAGGCUAUUCACACAGAUGACAUUGAUAAAGCAGUUCCUUUGAACGAAUUCCAGGUCAUUGAGUCCAGAGUUUUUAUAUUGUUCUCUACAAUGCUAUCAGCAGCCUCAAAUUUACCUCAAAUAAAACUUCACGAAUUUAAUCACAAAAUUAUCAAUACAAUCUUUAGAUACCUCAACUGUACAGAACCACAAUCAGUCAGAACAGCUGUUGGCCAAAUUUUAGCUGUUCUUUCCUCUGUUGUUAUCAACUUAAAACAAAUUAUUUACAUUUUUUGGGUUCAGUUCUCAAAAUGCAAGAAAGAGGACGAAUACAGAAACUUUACGACAUACUUAGAUGGAAUUGCUAAUUUACAGUUUGGAAUAUCGUAUAAUGAAGAUUUUGCUGAAUUGACACUUGAAUUCUUCAACAACUUCAUUGAUAACGAGAAAAAGAUCGACAUUGGUGUUGUCAGACUCAAAUUCCUUUCUACAUUCGAAACAAUCAUCAUAAAUAUCAACAAAAAUCCAGAUAAUUACAGUUUGCAGUAUUUAUCAGUAUUAGAUUCAAUUUGGAAUAUCGCAGUCAAAUGGUCAUCAAAAGGAAAGCACACAUUGUUCUGCUACACCUUCCUUUGCCAUAUUUUGUUAAAUUCUUCUUCAGAUUUUUAUAUAAACCACUCGGAAAAGUACUUUAUUUUGCUUACAAAGUACGCAAAGAAUGGCCAAACAGAUGUUUUGAACCUUGUUUUAUUAAUUCUGAAGAAUGUUCCUGAAUUUUUCAAAAAAGAGAAACAAGAUGAAUUAGUUAAGAUGAUUUCGGACAAAAUUAUUCCUCUUCUCUUCAUAAAUAAUGAUAACAAGAUCAAGUUACGCUUUGAAUACGAAGAUCAGUAUCCAAUUGUACUGAAAAUCAUGAACGAAAUAGGAAAACAAUGUCCAGAAGUAUUAAUAAAUGAAGUUUUCUAUAUAUUGUCCAACAAAGAAGUUACAGAAAGUAACAAAUUGGUCAGAUUAAUUGCAAUUCAGUCUUUGGCCGCUUUGUGCAAAGAAAUUCCAGACAAAAUGAAGGAAUAUAGCAACAGAAUGUCCCAUUUCUUCGAAGAAAUGCUCUUAGCAGCUGAUCCUGACUUUCUUCAUGAGCAACAACACGCAUUACCAACAUUUCCGACAUUCCACUCCGACCAACAGCCGCAGAAUGAGAUUCUAUCACAGAUAGUCUUCUUCUUGUCCGUAAGCGGAGAGUCCUACGCCUUGGAAGCUCAAGAUUCUUUCCGAAAUUUCGUUGAAAAGGUCGUUCAGCCUGAUUUCUGCGGAAAUACACCAAUUAUAUACAUCAACAAUAUCAUCCAGAACAUAGAAUCAGCAACAGCGAGCGAUUCUUACAUUUUUAUUAAUUAUUUAAGGAAUGUUCUCAAAUCUUACCAAAUUAACCUUUCCAACUGCAAGGAUGUGCAAGGAUACAUCUAUAACUUCACAAACGAGUGGGAAGAGAUGAGAAUGAACUUAGAUUGUUUAUUAUUAAUUUUGCUGAUGAGCCCUGACCAAAAGAUCAUCAAUGCAACAGAAGAAGUCAUUGAAGUCCUCAAUACUACCGAAAUAAUACAGUUUGACGAAUUUUGCGAGUAUCAUAAAAAUAAUUUAGCGACAUUCCUCAAAGAAACAGGAACAAAAGACAUCAUUGGUAAUGCAAAGAAGAUGCAAGACACAUACAAAGAGUUUACUGAUGUUUUCCUUUCGAAAUUGUUCUCCAAAUUCGAAAUGAGAAGAAAAACCAUUUCCACGCAGCAUUCGAUCAAAGUCAUCCACUAUCUGACUAAGUUUAUACAGAAUGACAACGAAAUGUUCAAAAAAAUUUUGGUAUUUUUAUUUGGAUAUUUCGUAGAAGAAGCAAACAACCAAGAAAUACCGCAAAUACUGUCCGAACUCGACUAUAGCCUGACAAUUCCUAUUGGCGAUGCACUUUUCGAGUGGUUAUCCACUACAUUCAAAGGAGAUUAUUUCCAUCAAACGACAACCAUCAUGAAAACCAUAGUUUUCAGACCAGAAUUCAAGAAUUUAGACAAAGAAGAUGCCCAUUUACAACAUUUAGAGAAGUUUGUUGUUAUGAUGCUAGGAUAUAAAGAUCUUCGCACAGAAACACACUUCAAGAACUUAGAAGACAGUUAUUCAGUCUAUAUCAAGUGGUGUGAAGAAGAUCCACAUGAAAUGAAGCGAUUAUUCAACACUAAGAUCCUUGUCGACACAAUUUAUUAUUCAUUUUUCAACAUUUUGAAAUCAGACAAUUCGCAAAUCAUGCCAAAGUUUUUCCCAUACACACUUUUCUUAGCAAUCACAGCAACAUUCAAGCACAUCGAAUUACCACGAGAAGGAUACAACAAAUUCUGCAAGUACUUGAAUGAUUUCAUUGAAAUCCACAUUCACGAUGACAUUCUCCAAGGAAAAAUCGUUGAAUGUCUCACAGAACUUCUUAAGAACAACAGACAUCUUCUUCUUGAAUUCUCACGACAAACAUAUUGUUCAUUGUUUGACAUCUAUUCCGGAAGUUUUCUUUUAUCUAUCUGCAAUGUUUUUGUUUUGUGUUCAGAUUUCUUUUCUUUUUAUGAAAAUUCGAAAGUCAUCAUUGUUUAUUUAUUGAUAUUACAUCUUUCUAGUUCUGCCGUUUUCACUCGGAAAGCAUCACACAAACUACUGUCUUUAGUUCUUAAUCGAUGGAAUUCUAUCUUUAAUAAGCAACCACAACGAAAUCUUUUCAUUUACAACUCAGUGAACAACACAUCAUCAUAUAUCGGACACUCAGACAUGUUCAUCAAAUACAUCAUUGAAAGUAUUCCAUCAGAUAUCUGUUUUGAUGUUAUUUCUCUUCUUUCAAACGAUAUGAGUUUAAUCAAGAUUUCACAUGACACUAUAUUAUGUAACAUCAGCAAAGUUAUUCCUGUUGUUGUCAGAGAUUGUGACAUCGAACAUUUGAUUUCGAAUAUAUUGAAACUUGUUUGUUCAUGUGAUUUCAAUCAUUCUAUGACGGCAGAACACAUUGCUAAUAUCUUUGAAUGCGUUUUCAAUUGUAUCAAAACACAUGAUCGAUGUGGUGCUAAGUAUUUGUGUCAAUUGAUCAUUAAAUUCUCAUGUGAUCAUGAAAAUAAUAACAAAAUCAGCGAAUGUUCAGUUGUUGCUCUUUGUUCACUCUUCGAAGUAUUUCCAGGCGAUGUUUCAUCAUAUUUAGUCUCAAUCUUCGAUGUUUACAACUGCAGUGUUUCAGACAACAUCGAUAACUUUGUUUCAUAUCUCAGCAAAUCAGAUAUAACAUUUAUCCCAUCACGUGAAGAGAUCAUCGCAUGCAACAGUCUUUCACAGAUCUUACUUCUUAUUUCAGAUUUUAAUAUUUUUGAUGAAUAUAUUAAGCCACAUUUGAGUUUGCUUUUCUUCUUUGGUUUAUUCAAUUACCAUCGUAAAGAUGUUAAAAUUGGUAAGUUCAAACCUAUGCUUGAUAUCCUUCUUGAGACAGUUCUUCUUCGAAUGAACAAAUCACAGUCAACACGUGAGAAAACACUUUCCACACUUCAGAAUAUUUCAGUUCUUGCAUAUGCAACAAACACAAAUGUUGAGUUCCACAUCCAAUCUAAGAACGAACGAAAGUUCAUUCUUGAAGAUACAGAACUUAUCAAGAAACUUACAAACAUCUUCUGCGAUAACAACAAAGAGAUGAAGAAAGAAAUUUUUAAUAUUGUUUUCUCUAAUUUCUUCCUUUCAGGAAAAUGCGAACGUGCGAAAGAGUUGUUGACAAUGAUGAUCUCACUUCGAGACGAGUACAACACGAACUCUAUAUACAUCAUCCUUCUUUACACACUUCACUCACUGAAGAUCGGCCGCCUUGACUUAGUAACAACACUUGUCAAGAACAUCCAGACGAGACUGAUGACAUGUUCCGAUAAAUCAUUCAUGAACGAGUGUGUUCCAGUCUUACUGACAUUCUUGACAUAUUUGCAAGAAGGAUUCGACUUCCACAUCAUCUUCAACAUGAUGUCAGUUAUUCCAGGCAUCUGCGACAGAAUCAUUGAACACGAAUCAUGUGAAACGAUCUCAUCGGAGUUCUGCAGUUUCUUCGACAAAUACGGCAGUGAUCUCUUCAUUGCUUCUCUUUUCGUUCGCUUCUUAGUUAUCCAAGAAGACUUGAACUCACACGAGACAGAACUUAUCAUCAACUGCCUCAUCCACAUUUCUAACAUUUAUGACAUCUACAACAGAGAAAAAGACAAAAAUAAAGAAAAAGAAAAACAAAAUGAAGAAGAAGAACAAGAAGAAAAAGAAAACGAAGAAAACUGGUGUUUGCUUCUUGGAGUUUUAGUUGAGUAUCUGAGAUACAAGUCAUGUAAAUCACAGAAAGAUUACAAAGUCAUCUUCAAAGGUUUCAAUUACAAUUUAGAUGAUUUCAUCAAUUUCAUUUUGUCUAAUUUCAAGAGUGUUAAGAAGUUGAAUUUCGUCAUCUAUUUCAAUAUAUCGAUAUACAGACAAUUCCACUUCGUUGACAUAUCGAUCGACAAACAUGUUGUAGAACUCAUAUCUCGUUUCAUCAAAGAGUCAAAACAUUUCAACAAAUCAGUGUAUUCGUCAUUAAUCACAUUCUUGAAUAUGAUUGUCAUCUCUAGUGACUCAGAGACAAGAGUUGUUGCAUCUUCUCUCUUGUAUGAUUUGAUGAACGACAAACAUAUCGAAUUCGACGAAUCUCUGCUUAGAUACUCAAAGAUGAACAUCAAGAUGAACAAGAAGAUAACAGAUAAGAUAUCACAAACAUCUAAUGACAAUAACAAUAUUAGUAAUCAAAAUAAAAUUGUGAGUAAAUCAAAGAGCAAGAGGUUGAUUCCUUUCAUCAAUCGAAUGAGUCUUGAUUUAUCAUAUCAGAACAAAAUUGACGAAACAUCGAAUCAAAGGAGAAGAUCAAGUGUCAUCGAAUAUUACGAGAAUAACAGUAACAAACGAGAAAGAGUCAUUCUCAAAGAUUCAUUCCCUUCUGUUUCCCUAUUCGACACAGGAUUCACUGAUGACACAAACAUCGACCAAAUUCUCUGGCAAUAUGUUGUUGACAAAGCAAAAUCACUUCAAUAA